GGCUAAGGCAAAGUAUACGUGACGGGUAGUCGUUAUGGAAAUGGCUUUCUUAACCCACCUGCCUUAAGACGGGAAUGAUGAAACAACCUCAAUUAUACUAGUAGGACCUUCCAUAUACCCAUGACAUGACUCAAGGGGUGUUGCGACUUCCUCAGCUUAACUGAUCACCCGCUCUAAAAUUCCCCUCUUAUUCUGUCACCUCUUCGCCUUUCCUUUCUAAUCCCACAACUGACUGGAUGGCCUCACAACAUGAAAAGCAGCCCUAUAUGCAUUAACCUCCUUCACCUGCAUCAAUUAACCUCAUUGAUACCCUAUUCUGAUGUCAUCCCUGUCUACAAUGCCUCCCGAAAUACCCAGCAGCAUGAAAUGCCUUAUUAACAUGAACAUCUCUGUUUCUGAAGCCAGAGUCCAGGACGCCUCCGUCUCAUUCAAUCUCUCAACCCCAUCGCAGAAUGCAUCCACUACAUCAUCUACCGAUCCUAUCGGCGGCAUUUGUGACCGGCCAGCACAACUCGAAGCGCCAGCCAAUGGGACAAACGAUACGGUGGUAUCGUCCGGACAUUUCGUACGGCGAAAACGACCACGAUUAUCAAGCCCUGAGCUAGGAAGCAAUGACGAAAUCGGCCCGCAGUGGUAUGAGCAUAUCUACGAUCUGAUAACUUUAUUAGAUCUGAUCACGCCGGAUUCGGAGAAACAUGAUGUUAUUUUCAACGCCUUCCUCGAGGUUAUCUCUAAGGUCGGCAUAGCUGAUAUCAAGUGUAUAAAGAGCUUCAUCCUAGAGGACUGUGAAUGGUAUCGGCCCGGUACAUGGAUAUGUUUGAAGGGCACAUUCUUGAGAUACUCACGUGCAUGUCUGUUGGACAAUGAAGAGUGCGACUGCAUCAGUGCAUUAAUCUACAAGCGUCCCUGUCUCUAUCUCAAGAAGGUAGAUGGUGGUUUGGCGGUGAUUCGUGUAGGGCCCCAGAAAUAGCGGAAUAGUUAAGCGUACUAAAAAAGUACUGGUUGCGGGGUCUAGACAAUGGUGGCGUCCCCAAGCGUUUGUGGGAUACAUGGGUUAAAGAUGCCCCGACUUGCUAUUGGCUGAUGAGGACGGGAUGAGGACGGGAUGAAAAAUGAUGUCAAGGAUGGUUAGGAGUAAUAAAUAGAGCAAAGGCGAAAAUCUCUUUCUAUUAACCUUCUGCUGAUAAUAUUUAAAUAUUUCUUCCUGGUCUUCGGACCGGCUUUCAGAUUCCUAAGGCCCGUGUAGUGGAGAUGGCUAGAUUGUUGAGGGGGAAUAUAAUAGAUACGACGAAUGUAUGCAAGGCCAUUAAGGCAUGUCUCAUAAAUGCCUUGUUACGUCACGAGUGCCGUAAGGGCUGGGUAAUAUUGGGUAGUUCAAAGCUGCGGCACGCAGAAGUUUCUUGAUAGUCCCGGACUGUAACAAG